CACGAGCAGCCAAGAAUCUCUCUCUCGCGCGCGGAUCGCCUCGAAUUCGCGAGCUCGCGGAAAUGGCGGCCAUGUCGUCGCGCUGUGCGGCUUCCUCGUCCUCAUCCGCGUUCCUCAGAGCUCCGCUUCCCGGCGGCAGGCACCACCAGGGCUCUUGCGGCUUCGUCGCCGCCGGCGGCGGUGCUAAGACGACGGUGAGGGUUGCGGCGGCGCUCGACACGGAGGCCACGGCGAAGGCUGGCAAGUCGUCCUCCCGGGCGCGGCGGGCGAGGAAGGACGGCGGCGAGCCCGGUGGCUCCUCCUCCACCGCGCUGCUUGCUCCUACCCAUCCCGACGGCGGCGGCGGCGGCGGCGUGGCGCUCGACGACGUGAUCGUGAACCCGGUGGGGCUGGGGCGGCGGUCCCGGCAGAUCUUCGACGAGGUGUGGCGCAAGUUCUCGCGGCUCGGGCAGAUGUCGACGGUGGCGUCGCCGGAGCAGGAGGAGCAGGAGGGCGUCCUCUUCCGCGGCGGCGGCCCGAUGUGCGACUUCGCCGUCCCCGGCGCGCAGGACACCACCGUCCUCGUCGUCGGCGCCACCAGCCGCAUCGGCCGCAUCGUCGUCCGCAAGCUCAUGCUCCGUGGCUACAACGUCAAGGCUCUGGUCAGAAGGAAUGAUCAAGAAGUGAUCGACAUGCUUCCAAGAUCUGUGGACAUUGUGGUUGGUGAUGUUGGCGAUGCUUCUUCAGUUCAAGCUGCCGUGUCAGGCUGCAACAAGGUAAUCUACUGCGCAACUGCACGGUCAACGAUUACCGGUGAUCUCAACAGAGUUGAUAACCAAGGCGUGAGGAAUGUCACCAAGGCCUUCCAGGAUUACUACAAUCAGUUGGCUCAGUCAAGGGCUGGUAAAAGCAGCAAGAGCAAACUGUCGAUUGCCAAGUUCAAAUCUGCCAAAUCUCUUCAAGGAUGGGAAGUGAAUCAGGGAUCAUACUUUCAGGAUAUUUAUCCUUCUAGAUUCGAUGAAGGCACCGAUGCAUCGUUUGAAAUAUCUGAAAAUGGACAGGCUGUUUUCUCAGGGUUUGUUUUCACAAGAGGUGGAUAUGUUGAAGUGUCGAAACGGCUUUCGCUCCCACUAGGUUCCACCCUAGACAGAUACGACGGCUUACUUCUAUCCGUGGGUGGAAAUGGAAGAUCAUAUGUUAUCAUCCUUGAGACUGGUCCACUAGCUGACACCUCACAGAGCAAGAAAUAUUUUGCUCGGAUGAACACUAAAGUAGGGUUUUGCAGGGUGAGAGUGCCGUUCUCAGAUUUCAGGCCAGUGAACCCACAGGACCCUCCUCUUGACCCUUUUCUUGUGCACACAUUAACCAUAAGGUUUGAACCCAAAAAACAGAGACCUGGUGACUCGUCUCAAGGAGCUAGUGACCCAAGAAAUUUCCAGCUUAUAAUGGAAUUUAUAAAAGCUCUACCUACUGGUCAAGAAACAGACAUUGUUUUGGUUUCAUGCACAGGCUCUGGAAUCGAACCUAACAGAAGAGAACAAGUCCUCAAAGCAAAGAAGGCUGGAGAGGAUGCACUGAGGAGAUCCGGCCUCGGAUAUACAAUUGUAUGCCCAGGUCCUCUGCAGGAAGAACCUGGCGGUCAGCGUGCUCUGAUCUUUGAUCAAGGGAACAGAAUCUCUCAGGGUAUCAGCUGUGCCGACGUAGCAGAUAUCUGUGUCAAGGCAUUGCACGAUUCAACAGCAAGAAACAAAAGCUUUGAUGUGUGCUAUGAACAUGUCUCAAAGCAAGGGGAUGAGUUGUAUGAACUUGUGGCUCAUUUGCCUGACAAGGCGAACAAUUACCUGGCACCAGCUCUCUCUGUUCUUGAGAAGAACACCUGAUUGAUCAAAUGAUCAGUGACCCAUCAAAUUUUAUGUCAUUCUGGGUCAGAUUAUUGUCCAUGUGUAUAUGAUUCAUCUUGUAAAGGUUUUCCUUUUCUCAUAGAAACCGUGUGGAGUCCACUUGUGCCAUGAUGACCGUCUCCAGCACAAAAGUGAAGGAGUUGUUGACAAAAAAAAUCCAUGGUCCUACUACUUUCCCAUCUCUGUAAAACUUGUAGAAUUUUCAUAACAAUUGGGCAUGAAUUAGGGUGUGUUUAGUUCACACUAAAAUUGAAAGUUUGGUUGAAAUUAGAACAAUGUGACGGAAAAGUUGGAAGUUUGUGUAUGUAGGAAAGUUUUAAUGUGAUGAAAAAGUUGGAAGUUUGAAGAAAAAAUUUGUAACUAAACUCGGCCUUAGGCCCAUCCUAUAUAGCAAUUUUGAGAACUUUGAAGAAGUAAUGAGCAUGAGGAAAGUGCAUUUGUCUAAGAA